AGGUUCCAUUUGUCAUCUUCUUCAUGGGUUCACAGACAUUCAUAGAAAUCAUACUGGCCAUCUUUAUUCCUCCUGUUGGAGUCUUCCUACGUUAUGGCUGUGGAGUGGAGUUUUGGAUAGAUUUGGUGCUGACAUUGUUGGGGUAUUUACCUGGGAUUUUAUACGCAAUUUAUGUGUUAGUUGUAUAGCAAAUCAAGAAUAUAUUAUAAAGAAUGAUUUCUUCUUCUUUCCCAA